AUGAAAAAAGCAAAAGAAUUAAAAGGGGAAAGUGAAAAGGCUGAAAUCGAAAGAAUGCGGGAACUUGCAUUAGUUGAAGAAGAAUUGAGACAAAAAGAGGGAACGACUGAAGGAAUUGAAUUAACAACUAUUUUACCUAAAAUUAAUGAAGACGAUGAGAAAAAAUCAAAUGACUCGCAAAACAAAAAACCAAUGACUUUUGAAGAGUCUAAAGGAAUGCAUCAAGUAGAGCCUUCACCAAAUGCUGGGGAUGCUGUUGAUGAUUCUGAAAGUAGUGCUGAUGAUCCAUUCCAAACAUCCACAGCAACUUUUGAAGACGAGACAGAACAUGAAACUAUUCAUGAAACAAUGCAUGUUCAUGCACCAAUUAAUCAAAGCAAUGAGCAAAUGAAAGAAAAAGAAGAAUUUUCAUUAACAGAUUUUGCAACUCAAUCAAAAGAAAUAAAAAAUAAAGAAAUGACUGAACCUCCAUUUAUUGAGGCAAAUCCUGAAGAUAAAUCAAAAAUUGAAGAGAAAGUUGAUGAAUCGAAAGAAAUAAAAACUCCAGAAAAUCCUUCAGAAUCGACAGAAUCUAAAGUUGAAGGAGCACAUCCAAUUUCGUUUAUGGAACCAUCUAGCACUUCACAAAAUCCAUUGUCAACAUUACAAAUGUCUACAACAGAAGAGCCAACAAUUAUGGUUGGAGAUAAAUCAGUUUUUGAAGGUGGAGAAGAUAUUGGGUUACCUGCACCUGAAAAGGCGCAAAUUCAUCAUAUGAGUAGUGAAAAUGGAGAAAUGAUUAAUAAAGAAGAAAAGAAAGAAGAAAUGGUCGAAGAAUCUUCUAAACCUCCACCAUCAAUUAAUGUUGGUAAUACUGAAAAUAAAGAAGAAAAUGUUGGAAGUUUUGUUUUAUCCAAAGAAGAAAUGGAAGAAUUAAAAAUAACAACAAAAGAACCUAUUGAAGAAGAAAAAGGAGGAGAGAAUGUUAACGGUAAAAUGUCAACAAUCCCAGAAAAGCCUUUGGAAAAUGAAGGAAAAAUAAUUGGUGGAAUUGAACCUGAUACUAGUGGUGUUGUUGUUGUUGAUAAUUCUACAACAACAUUAUUUACUUCAACUGAAAGAAUUUUAAUUACACAAGAGAAUAUAGAAAAUGAGACAAACAAUCAAAGUUUCGAUGAUUCUGUUAAAUCUACAAAAACUUUAACGACAACAAUAUCAACAAUAAAUGACGAAGAAAAAGGAGAAGAAAGGAAUGAUGACGGUGAAAGUAAGACAUUUGAUGAGAAUAUUGAUACAUCGACACCAAAAAGAGGUGAUCUUCCUGGUGAGAAUGGGGAAACAACGGUAACUGCUGUUGAAACUGAAGUUGAGGUUACGACUGAAAUGGUCGAAAAGAAGCCUUUCGUUGCUCCAAAUGAAACUUCUGAUGAUGGUGACAGUAAUCAUAUUAUUGGAGAAAAAGUUGAAACAACUGAAUUACCUCUUAUUACAUCAACAUUAAAUCCUGAACAAGUAGAAAAAGCCAAACAAAAUGCCUUCCAUACUUCUUUCUCUAUUCGCUUUCCUGAAAUUGAAUGGAGGUCUGAAUUUUCUGAUCUUUCAAGUGGGGCAGCUAAAAAGCUUAUCGAACAAAUUAUGGAAGAUUUAAAAAUGGUUUUAUCAAAAGCUUUGAGUCCAUCAAAUUCUUUAUUGGAUGUCAAUAUUUCUAAUCUUCGAAUGGGUUCAGUUUUGGUUGAGGGUGAAAUUUUGACAACUGAAGAAGUAACAGAGCCACAAACAUUGUCAGCUGCAUUGGAACAAGCAAUUCUUUCAAAAGGAGGGGAAUUGGGAGGAAAUUCAGUUGAUACGGAUAAAUUACAAAUUGGUGGGCAUUUGCCUAAUGCUGGGAUGACAUUAAAUAAUAAUGGUAUUUCUCCUUCUUUAUCUGAUGGACAACAAAAAAGAGACGAAGAAAAUAAUAAUGCUACAAAUACUGGGUUAAUUAUUGGCGCUGCAGUUGUUGUUGGUGUUUUAAUUAUUGUUUUUGCCGUUUUUGCAAUUGUUGUUUUUGGAUUAAAUAAUCGAAGAAGUGGUAGAGGUUCUAUGAAAUUAUCUGGUCGUGGAGGUGGAGGAAAGAAAAGGGAAGAAAUUUCUAUGGUAGAAAAUGGAAAUGGGGCUUUUGGUCAAAGGCGUUUUGUUUCGGCGAAUGAUGUAGUUGGUGGUGGUGGUGAUUCUCAUAAUUCUCGUCAGGGAGAUGGAGUUAGUUUAACUGCUUUGAGAAGCACAAAUGGAGGAGCUGGAUCACAAUUUACCUCUCCAACAAAUGGUUAUGGAACAAACAGGCAUUGA